CGUGUGCGCCACCACUUACAUAAGGAUAGUGCCAAUCACGUGGAGAGUCUGAAAAGAAGGAUAUACCAAUUUUUUUUUUCUUCAUUCUCUUAUAGAUGGCUGCUGAGAAAGGUGCUAGAUUUUCCUCCAUUAGCAUACCUCUUCUAGGUGAUGAAAAAGUUCAACAAGUGAAUGAUUCAAAUGGAGAUUUGGUAGCCAAAACUGGUGAUCAUGUGGGUAAUGCCUCCUUAUUCAAGACUUGCUUCCAUCUUGUUAAUGCCAUCUCAGGAGUUGGUAUUGUAUCCAUACCUUAUGCACUGGCUUCUGGGGGAUGGUUAAGUCUGUUGCUUCUAUUACUAAUUGCCAUUGCUUGCUGUUACACUGGUACAUUGGUCAAAAGAUGCAUGGACAUGGAUCCUGAGAUCAAGACCUUUUCUGACAUAGGUCAACAUGCAUUUGGAGACAUAGGGAGACUAUUGGUAUCAAUCACCAUGAACUCUGAGCUCUACCUAGCUGUUACAGGUUUUCUGAUUUUAGAAGGGGACAAUCUGAACAAACUAGUACCAAACUUGCAACUUGAAAUUGCAGGGUUAACAAUUGGUGGCACAGCAAUUUUUACCAUAAUUGCUGCCCUUAUUAUUUUGCCUACUGUUUUGUUGGAGGACAUGAGCGUGUUAUCUUAUAUCUCUGUUAGUGGGGCUUUGGCUUCCACCAUCUUUCUCUUGUCUCUGUUGUGGAAUGGAGCAAUUGAUGGAACAGGAUUUCAUGGAAAGGGAACACUUCUCAGAUGGAGUGGAAUACCUUCUGCUGUUAGUCUUUAUGCCUUUUGUUACAGUGCGCAUCCCAUCCUUCCCACCCUCUACAAUUCUAUGAGGAACAAAAGUCAUUUCUCUAGUGUCCUGUUUAUAUGCUUCCUAGCAUGCACUCUUAAUUAUGCAGCAGCAGCUAUUUUGGGCUACUUAAUGUUCGGAGAAGAGGUUGAAUCACAGGUGACUCUGAACCUCCAAGCAGGAAAGCUGAGUGCACGUGUGGCCAUAUACACUACCUUGGUCAAUCCCAUAACCAAAUAUGCAUUGAUGCUCACUCCAAUCAUAAAUGCCAUAAAAAACAAGCUUUCAUGCCAUCACAACAACAGAAGGCUCGCACAUGUUCUUAUCAGCACCUCUUUGCUAUUAAGCUCUCUUAUUGUAGCUGUGGCCAUUCCCUUAUUUGGUUACCUCAUGUCACUGGUUGGAGCAUUACUAAGUGUCACUGCUUCAAUUUUAGUGCCAUCAGUGUGCUACUUGAAGAUUUCAGGAGCUUACAUGAGAUUUGGGUCUGAAAUGAUCAUCAACUAUGCAAUCAUAGUAAUGGGGUUUACUAUUGCUACUGUAGGUACUUACAGAUCUGUAGUAGAUAUAAUUCAGAAUUUGUAAGUGUUUGUGGAAACAACAUUGAGUUUCAAAAUAUAGGCUGCUACAAUAGGAACUUUUUGGCCUAUAAUGUGUUAAUUUAUUUCUUUGUACCUGAAUUGUAUGUUUGAAGAUCACGUUAACAUUUUAAAUUGUGAGGUAAGUUUUUUGAAGAUAUCA